AACAAUCAUCGAUCAUUUAAUAAGUUGAGCUAGUAAAAAACCCUGUCAAAUUUUAACAAUGAUAAUAAUAUCUAUUGAUAAGAUAAGAAAUAUUUGUGUUAAUUGAAGAUUGAAACAAGUGACAAAAAAUUACUAUGAUGAGAAUUCUGUUAUUCUUUACUUAACAAAAUGAUCUUGUUUGCGAUAGUUUUUUGUGGAUGCUUAUUAAAUCCAGUUCUCAGUGAUCAAACAAUAACUUUAACGGAUGAAGAUCCCAGUUAUACUUGGAAACAAUCAUCAGAAGGAAAAAUAACUAUAGAAGCAGAUGAAGGAUAUCAAAUUGCAGUUCAUAUUUUGUACUUAAACCUUGAUGGUGAGAAUAACAACAUGGUAACAAUAGAAAAUGUUCCUGAAGACGGGGAAGGUACAGAAGAAAUGAUGUUUACAUACAUUUUAAGCAACAUGAGUUAUUUCUUCAACUAUAAUAAACUUCUCGCUCAAUAUGUUGGAACUAAUUCUUCUAAUAAUUUUUCUAUAGAAUUUACUAGACAAGGAAAGGCUUUAACAACAACUACAACUGAAAUAUCUACAACUACAGAAUUUUUACCUACACCUGCUGAAACAGAAAAAUCAACUAUAACAGUGUAUAUUUAUGGAAAAGCUUCCAAUGAGUAUAAUAAGGCAGUUAUAGUACAACUAAAAAAUGUUUUAGCUAAUAUGGGGCAGGAUUACUGUUCUGUGCAAGUUUGUCCACUGAAUGGUUCUAUAACAACCAAUAACAUCAAUAUCCAAACUUUAGUGAAAUGCUCAGUUUUAUGGGAAAACUAUGAUACUUGCGCAAGUCUUACUUUUGGCAUACCUGUGAAUAUUUUAGAAGAAUACCAAAACAAUUCUCUAUGGGAAAAUUAUCAACUGAAUGAAAAACAUCUACAAAUAAUGUGGAGUACUUAUGCUUCAAAAUAUUUAGAAACGCUUGGAUUAUCUGUUUAUCCAGUACCUAACAUAGAAAGCAUAUUCAGGCAUAAAAGUAUACUAUUUUGUUUUGUAAUAGUAUUUUUUGUAAUAAUUAUAUUGGUUAUUAGACGAGUGACAGAAAAGAUUAACAAAAAAAGAAUCAAAAGAAAAAGUGAUGCUGUUUCAAUAAUGGAUUCUCAGAACCGGAUAAGCCAAGCCUCUUUAACCCCCCACUAUUUACAGGAACUGCCUCCUUUAUUCAGUACCGAUUUUCCAUUAUAUCCUGAACAAAAAAGUCACAAUGCAAAUUAUGGCGAAUUCAACGAGACGUUUACAGAUGAUCUUGAAGAUAAUUAUAAUAUCAAGAAUAACGAAACGAUAACUAUAGUUGGUGAUCUGGAAGAACUAGAUGAUACACAAGCUUAAAAUUAAACUUUUUUAUACAUAUUUUUAUUGUUAGUAAUCUGAUGUCAGUGUUUAAUAAGUAUUAUUUAUGGAAAUUAAAUAAAUACCUUACAACUAAA